AUGAGUGAGAAUGCUGUGUGGAUCUUCUUACCUCUUGAAGUGGUCGUUGCUGUGGUGUGCUGCCUGGGCAAUGCUCUGGUGAUCUGGGCAGUGAGGGCAGGCGGCUCCCUCAGAAAACCUACAUUCUGCUUCAUCACAGCUCUCGCAGUGGCUGAUUUUCUAGUGGGGUCGGUGGCCAUUCCUCUGGGUGUGCUGGUGGACGUUGGUAUGAAGAUCUCCUUUUAUGGCUGCCUUUUCAUGUGCUGUAAUCUAAUAAUGAUAGAGACUGCAUCCGUCAUCUUACUCCUGGCCAUCGCAGUGGACCGCUUUCUCCGUGUGCACAUCCCUCUCACGUAUAAGACUACAGUCACUGUAAAACGCUCCUGGACGGUGGUUAAACUCUGCUGGUUCAUGGCUGCAUUAAUCAGUUUUGUUCCUAUGUUUGGAUGGAACAAAUCUGAAGACUUGGGCAACUUGGACAGUACUGUUCAUUCAAACUCCACCAGCUUUAAAUGCCACUUCUUAUCUGUCGUCUCCUCUUCAUAUGUAGUAAAACUCUGUUUCUUCAGCUCUUUCCUUCCUGUGUUGGCGAUAGUGACCGGCUUGUACUGUUACAUCUUCCUGACCACUAGAAGGCGGUUAAGAGCUCAAAUCGGUGUUCGCAUAGAGUCCGGCACCAAUUACCUAAAGGAACAGAGACUGGCUGCUUCACUGGCUCUGGUCUACGUUCUGUUUGCUGUUGGUUGGAUCCCUCUGUUACUCAUGCACACUGUAAAACUCUAUUCUAAACCUGAAACAGUGCCCUCUUCUGUUAUGCACGUUGGUGUCCUUCUGUCUCAUGCUAGUUCAGCUCUAAAUCCAUUAGUAUAUUCAUUCAGGAUCCCCGUGAUAAACAAGGCUUUUAGGGAGCUGUGGGUGAGAUUCUUCCACUGUAGAGCACAGCAGCAGAAUGAUCCAAAUAAUGUACAGACAAAUACAGACAGCAACACCAAAAACAGCACCACAUAAAACACAUGUACGGAGGAUCUAACUAAAUAAUCCAUCAAAUGAACAGGCAAACACAUGAGCAAUAGACUGCCAUUGACUGAAGUCUAAAAAUGUCUGUAUAUAUAGUACAGGCCAAAAGUUUGGACACCUUCUCUUUUUCAAUGCGUUUUCUUUAUUUUCAUGACUAUUUACAUUGUAGAUUCUCACUGAAGCAUCAAAACUAUGAAUGAACACAUGUGGAGUUUUAUGUACUUAACAAAAAAAAAAAGGUGAAAUAAAAAAGAAUUUCUAUUCUAGUUUCUUCAAAAUAGCCACCCUUUGCUCUGAUUACUGCUUUGCACACUCUUGGCAUCAUUCUCUCAAUGAGCUUCAAGAGGUGGCCACCUGAAAUGAAAAGUUUUCCAAGAGUCUUGAAGGAAGGAGUUCCCAGAGGUGUUUAUUAGCACUUGUUGCCCCUUUGCCUUCUUCACUCUGUGCUCCAGCUCACCCCAAACCAUCUGGAUUGGGUUCAGGUCUGGUGACUGUGGAGGACAGCUCAUUUUUUGUUAAAUACAUAAAACUCCACAAGUGUUCAUUCAUAGUUUUGAUGCUUCAGUGAGAAUCUACAAUGUAAAUAGUCAUGGAAAUAAAGAAAACA